AUGCGUCUCAGCAUUGCUUCUGUUGUCGGUCUCGUUAUCGCGCCUGUAUUGGCGGGUUGCCCAUAUGCUCGAGACCUGGGUUUGGAUGUCAACGACCAAAAGCAUCCUCACAUUAAUGUGGCCCGCGGUGUUGCCUCAAAGAGCUCAUCCGCGUCGAUCGCUUCUGCCACACCCGUUGCUGGAAAGAAAGGUGUUUUCUAUCUGAACCGUAUCGGUCCUUCGGGCUCGCAGAUAUGGAUUAGCAACGCAGACGGCACCAAUGCCACCUUGUUAAUGGGUAACCAGACUGGCGCGUUCGAUUAUCAUCCUAGCUGGUCGCAAGAUGGAAAUUGGAUCGUAUUCACCAGUGAACGACGCGGGGCAGGCCAGUCGGACUUGUACCGUGUGCAUCCUAAUGGAGCGGGUCUUGAGACAUUGGCGGCCACCGACAGCGUCGAGGAUGCCGGCACACUUUCGCCAGAUGGAAAGUCUCUGGCUUAUGUUUCCACGUAUGGAAAUUAUACAAUGAACAUUUGGGUCAAAGAUCUCAAGACUGGAAUCGCCCGCAACCUGACUGACACCCCAGCAAAUCGUGCCGACAAUACUUGGCCUACUGGCCACUACCGUCCGUCAUGGUCCCCAGACGGAAAAUGGCUCGCCUUCAGUUCUGACAGAGAUAAUGACUGGACAGGUCACAGCGAGGGAGUCGGCUGGGAGCAUACCCAGAACCUCGGCCUGUAUAUUGUUCGCCCAGAUGGUUCGGGAUUCCGCAAGGUUCUGCAUCAGGACGGUUUUGCUUUGGGUACACCCCAGUGGUCACCGGACGGCAAGCGCCUCAUCUACAACAACAUGACGAGGGAGAACACCUACUAUGCGCACGGUGUUUCUAGCGAGCAGUUAUUGGUUCCUUCUCAGAUCUACAGUGUUGAUGUCGCCACGGGCAAGAAAAUAAUCAAGCAUGUCGUCGACGACAACCUCAAGGUUGGCCAGCAUUACAUCGGCAAUUCCACCAACAUCGGCUAUUUGAUCAAGGCAGGCACUUCCGAGGGAAUUAGCUACAGUUCGCGUGACAAAACGCACAAGUCCUUCAAUUUGACUGGCCUUCGCGAACCAUCUUGGUCUCCUGAUGGUUCGAAGAUAGUUUACAACGUUCUCAACUGGGAUCAGCAAACCGGCAACUCUCAACUUUGGAGCUUUGAUAGCGAAUGGGAUUAUCGCUACAUGGAUGUCUUUCCUACACACAAUGUUGCUUCCAACGGAAUGGCUGUCACAGAGAAGGUACUGGGAGGCGCCAACAGCUCGCUUGUGACUUCAUCAACAGACUAUACCGAUCUGACCGACUCACUCGACUCUUACGACAUCUACUCCGCCGACAACAGCACUGAGGUUGAAUGGCUGGUAGAGGGUAACUCUGGUGCCUUCCAGCCAUCCUUCAACCCGGACGGCGAUGAACUCGUCGUUGGAUUCGGUGCCUGGUUCGUCUCUCGCUCCACCGACACUGGUGCCAUCUACCGUGUUGCAUCCAACGGCAGCUCCCACACCAACCUGACCGACUGGGAAAACAACGCCGGUUUCCCCUCGUGGUCUCCCGAUGGAUCGGCAAUGGUGUACCGCCUGUGGAACAUUCAGACUGGCGCUCCUCAGGGACUCCAGCUUCACAACUUCACUACCGGCGAGACCAGCAAGUUGACUCACGGUUGGGACAACACCCCUGGUUGGUCUCCAGAUGGUGAGCGUAUUGUCUUCACCCGUAACAACAACUGGACCGAGUCUUAUGGAGCCCGUUGGUAUGCGGAUCGCUUUGAUAUUUACACUAUUCGUCCCGAUGGCUCCGAGUUGACCCAAGUCACCGACAGUCUGGCCAAUGACGCACAUGCUGUCUGGUCCCAGGAUGGUCGCAUUAUGUGGUCCACUGGCAUGUACGGUUUCAAAGAUGAGAGUGCCCUCUACGACAACACUUUCCAGCCUUACGGUCAAAUCAUGGUCAUGAACUACGACGGAACCGACAAGCACAUCGUCACAGACACGAUCUGGGAGGACUCCAUGCCGCUCUACAUGCCUAAUCAAUACCUUGAAUAA